UCUGUAUAUUUCGAGCAGCUAAACUAACCGACAUGAACUUUUUAAGUAAUUUGAUAUUAAUAUUUUUUUUGAUACUGAAACCGAGUCUCAUUUUUGCUGAUGACCCGUUUUCGAAUGUCCAGUUGGUUAUUGAGGAUGCCCAAGGCUCCUGUAAGAAGGAAGAUCAUUUAUCGAUUAAAAGUGAGCAAGAAUUGAGAGAAGCAUUGGAGAAAAAAUUACUGAAGUUUUUGGCUGACAAUCCUGGGCAAGAGAUCGCUAUAACAACACAAUUGAUAGCGAAUGAAGUUUCGUGUCCACCACAAUGGUUUAAAGCGAGCAAUAAUUACUGUUACGAAUAUCAUACACAAGAAGCAAACUACGUAAACGCUAAAUCAACUUGCGAAAAGAAAGGAGGAACUCUCGCGGCCGCCGGAAUACGAGAUUCAUCAGUUCGCAGGGAGUUGUUUAAAAGGAUAAACAUUGGAAAAUACAUUUGGAUCGGCUUGGAUGACACAAAAAAAGAAAAGAGUUUUAUUUGGGCGGAUGGUGGAAGUUAUGUUGAGUCAAAAGAUACUAACUGGGAUUCUGGACAACCAGACGACGACGAUCUUAAUGAGGAUUGUGUUCAUUUGUCGGCUAAACAUGGCGAUUGGAAAUUGAAUGAUAUUAACUGUGAUAGCAAAUUGACAUACCUUUGUGAAAAAAAACUAUGAUUUUGUAAAAUGCCCUUGCUGUAAUCAAGGAAGACUUGUGGACAAUUUUACGAAACAAUACUGAGAAUUAGGAAAGUAAACAUAUGUUGAAUUAACAUUUCAAUAGAAUUCUCUAAAUUUCUACGCUGCUACGCUAUCUAAUUUUCCAUCAAGCAUGAAAUAUUUCCUUCUAGUUUUGCCGCCUAUAAAUUUAUUAGCAUCCCAGUUUUUUUUCAAUGUUGUCGCAGCCAGGUCGUCGUCAAAGACUAUUAUGAAUGCAUUUUAAUUUUAACAAGCGUAAAUAUUUGAGUGUCCCAUUUUAAGCGAGUGACGAUUCCUUAUGUUUUUUUAACAGUCUCAUAUUUCAUGUUUUUAAAUGCAAGUUUAUAUAAUCUUUAUGUUGAUGAAAUACUUAAUUGUAAAAUAGUUUAUGGUACCUGUAACUUCAAUUCGAGCCAUGCUAUCGUAUAUAUCUCUGUCUUCAGAAAUUAGGUAACAUUGGAUUUUUUUACUUUAUCCGUAGGAUGGCAGUAGAAUGAUAUCAACAAAAUGAGCUGAAUAAACAUAGGUUGAACCUGAUCAAAUUUAUAUUCCCUGAUAAAUCAAGGAAAAAAUGGGCAGAUCUUAUUUUUUUAGAGAGUGAUUUUAAUUGGAAUAAAUUGUAUAUGGAUAUCUUUUAUGGUACUAUUGAAACUAAAUUGCAAUCUUUUCAUGUAAAAAUGUUCCAUGGUGCCAUAGUACUAAACGAUAGAUUGUAUAAAUUUAAACUUGUUUCAUCAGAGUCAUGUGAUUUCUGUCAUUCAAAUGUUGAAACUACCAGCCACCUUUUCUAUGAGUGUAUAGUUGUUCAACAGUUUUGGGAAACACUAAACAUGUGGAUAUACUCAAAAACAGGGAUUAAUUUUAACUUUUCAAAGAGAGAUUGCAUGUUGGGAUAUAGUAAUAAUUUACAGAAAAAGAAACCACUGUUUAAUGUUUUUACCUCAUAUCUGUAUGAAGUGAGGGAAAUUGAACGGUUCAAUGCAUAUAAAAAUGGGAAAAUAAAGAAACAUGAUAAAAAAUGGAAAAUUUUAUGAUACAUUUACUGAUUAUUUUAUAUGAUGAAUUGUGUAAUGUCCAUGAUUAGUGAUUAAUAAUGUUGUGGAU